AGCGGCGGAGACGAGAAGAGGGAAUAAACUGUUUGCUGUACUACUCCCUAUCUGCGCACUAGACGGCUUGACAUGAGGAGCACAUCCCGGUUGUGUUCCGUGUGAAGAGGCAAUCGGGGCGGCAGUUUCUUCGGCUCUCAAGGGCGCAAAAAGUGGCCGCCGGCCGAGCUGGGAAGCAUGGAGCGGGACGACACCGACACCGUGAGCCCAUCCAAAAAGACAAUAAUUGCGAAGAUAUUCAAAGUUCGCAAGAGGAGGGAGAUGUUAUUUGUUCAGGUGUGCUUUAUCUGCAGUGUCCUCUUCGUAGCGUGGAGCAUGUCAGCGCUGUUGACCAAGACAGGCCACGGGAUGAUAGUGGAGGGACAUCCAGACCUUGAACACUGGGGGAGAAGGCUGAUGGCUUCAGUACCAGAAAACAAAACGGAGGAGAAGAACUGUUCAGAGCCAGCAAUACACGAGUUCCCUGAUGACCUUUUCACCAACAAUGAACGAAAGAGUGGAGCCAUUCUGUUGCACAUUGUGGCGACACUCUACAUGUUUCUGGCCCUCGCCAUAACAUGCGACGAAUACUUUGUUACAUCGCUGGAGAAAGUUUGUGAGAAACUAGAUCUGAGUGAAGAUGUUGCAGGAGCUACCUUCAUGGCAGCUGGCAGUUCUGCACCAGAGCUUUUUGCAUCUGUCAUUGGUGUCUUCAUCACCCACGGUGAUGUGGGGGUGGGGACCAUCGUUGGCUCAGCGGUCUUCAACAUCCUAUGCAUCAUUGGUGUCUGUGGCAUCUUUGCAGGACAGGUGGUGAUGCUGACCUGGUGGGCUGUUUUCAGGGAUUCCUUCUACUACAUCCUGUCUGUCGUGGCUUUGAUUGCAUUCAUUUAUGACGAGAAGAUAGUUUGGUGGGAGAGUUUGGUGCUGGUCGUCAUGUAUGCCGGAUACAUCCUCGUCAUGAAAUUCAACUCCAGCAUGCAGAAAUUUUUCAUGGGGAAGUCCAACAAAAACGUGGCCAAUGGUAACGCGGCAGCCAGCAGUGAGAUGGAGGACGGUAAUACUAGCUAUGACUAUGUUUGGGAUGACGACCCGUCAUCACCUUUGCUCUCAACAGUCAAGCCUAGCAAGGCCUACAGCCGUGGCUCAGUGGUGAUGGUGGACGAGAUCAUGAACGCCAGCCCUUCAAAGUUUAGGUUUCCUGAGGCAGGCCUCCGUGUCAUGGUCACCAGCCAUUUUGGACCCAAGACCCGUCUGCGCAUGGCCAGUCGUCUCAUCAUUACAGAGCGCCAGAAGUUGGUGCAAGCUGCCAAUGGCGUGGAGACACAAGUGAUUGACGGGAAGGUUGAAAUCGAGAAUGGAAACGUUCCAGAGGACAAACCCACUGAGGCAGAAGAAAACGAAACUAUCUCGCCGUUUCAUAUUCCAAGGGGUAUUGGCAGCAAGUUGAAGUGGCUGUUAUCAUGGCCUCUGCUUCUUUUGCUGUUCCUAACUGUCCCAAACUGUGCCAAGCCUCGCUGGGAGAAAUACUUCAUGGUCUCCUUCAUCCUAUCUACUGUCUGGAUUGCGGUCUUCUCCUAUUUGAUGGUUUGGAUGGUGACAAUAAUUGGCUACACUCUGGGAAUCCCAGAUGUCAUCAUGGGCAUCACUUUCCUGGCAGCAGGCACCAGUGUCCCAGACUGCAUAGCUAGUCUUAUUGUGGCUCGGCAAGGUUUGGGGGAUAUGGCGGUGUCCAACACGAUUGGCAGUAAUGUGUUUGAUAUUCUAGUGGGACUUGGAGUCCCCUGGGCGAUACAGACCAUGUGUGUCAGCUAUGGAUCAGAGGUGAUGAUUAACAGUCGGGGGCUGGUGUACUCAGUGGUGCUUCUGCUGGGCUCUGUGGCCCUAACGGUGCUGGGGAUUCACCUGAACAAGUGGCGGCUGGAUGUGAAGCUCGGUAUUUACGUCCUCAUCCUGUAUGCAGUUUUCCUCUGCUUCUCCAUCAUGAUAGAAUACAACGUCUUCACUUUUGUCAACCUGCCCAUGUGCAUGGAGGAGUAGAGCACAGCAGCAUGCCUCGAAUACCAAAACCUCAACGCUCCCAUGGCAACCCUCGGUUUUUUUCUUCAAUAAUAAUGGACCUAUCUGCAGACUGUUUUUCUCCUCCCUUCCACUCUAUUCUUUGUAAUCCUUUCGUUCCAAAUAUGAAUCCAAUUUCUUUGUGAGGCGGUACGCUGCAAGUGUGGACUCCAUUCAAUGUCUCUAAUUUGUCCCCUGGCAACACAGUGCCGGUCCUUAAUGCCCAUUAUUUUGGGCAUUGCCUAUUACUGCAGUAAAGUCUUUAGUUCCUCCUUGCGCCUGUUAACUUUCUACCCAUCUAGCAUGCCUUUAAAUGUUGGGGACCUCCAGAAUCAAAAGUGCCCCUGUUGAUUGUUGGUGUGUUUUUACUGUUCACAUUGUAGAUUUCCACACACCUUUUCAAAAGGCUUUCCACAAACCAAACCAGAGCCUGUCAAGAGAAAAAACCUACCAAAAACUCUUAUUCUCAUCAAAACCCUCACAUAGAGAUAACCCUCCUUAAUGUCAUUCCUGAAAGAAUCACCAAGUUACCCCAGUGCCCAAAGAAACAAGUACACUCCUUUUUCCCCUUUUGACCCCCCCUGUAAGAGGGUCUUGUCCUUGGCAGCUCUUCUUCUCUUGCUUGGACCUGACUCCCCUGGCAUGGCCUUUGGCAUCAGGGGGCAGACACUGUUAGUGCUUCAUUUCAAUCACCCUGUGCAACUGCUGACCCUCAUCUGUUUCAUCAACUCUGCUUUGUUUUCUUUAAGAAAAAUGACCUUUUUUCAGGACAUUUAGUGUCAAGAUGUGUCACAGUCCACAUCAGUUGACUGUGAGAGUGUUAUGCAUAUGCAGCACUGCACAAUGUAAAUUUGUAAACACUUUUUUUAAAUUUAUUUUUUCAAAACAAGGUUUUGUCUAGUAUGAAAUAUGGAGUAGAACUUAUAUAAAUAUCAGACAUUGCUUGUUUUUCACUGAAACAAAUUGCACAUGGAAAUGCUUUUCUUGCUUUGUGCUGUAAGGAGAUUUGACCACUGAGAGGGGUAUGUGGCUGAUGAUGGCGAUUCCACUGCGGUAAUUUUUUUGUUCAGCAAAAGGUCAUUCCAUUUGUCCCUCUGCACAAGUUCAGAAAAAAAAUACUGGCUCCACAUCUGUGGGAUGCAUCUAAUCUUUCUCAUCAUCAGGUGACUUGUUCUCACUUUGAGACAGCAGCAUCACAAAGGUAGUUGUUCAAAAAAUGCAAAGAAACCAGACGGUUUUCAACACUGACUGCUUUAACACUCUCUGGCCAGUAGGGGCUACUGCAGCUCCUCGAGCCGGGGCAGGGUGGCGACACAGCCGUCGGUUAUCAGGGAAACUCGAAGAUGGACAACUCCAAGAGGUGGAGAUGGUGAUGAUCUCUUGAUCUUGAGUUACAUGUAGAUAUUGCACUUUAACAGCCGUCCUCUCAUUCUGAAUCAACUAGUGCUUCCUUCUGUGCGUGUGUAUUUUCAGUGUAUAUGUGUCCGUGUGACUGUAUGUGUGUGCAAGAGAUCAUUGUGUGCGUUUGUACGUGCUCAGUGUGGGCCCACACUACGAUUCUCACUCUGGGCUCUGGACUGUCAAACAGACUGAAACAACAUGAGCACACCCGCCUCUUGUCUGCAGUGCAUGCUGGGACUUUAAACGCAGCUCCUCCACAGCACAGCAAAAGCUGUGGGCUUCUGGGCGUCCCAAUGAAUACCGCCCCACCCACUUUACAAAAAUCGGCAGCUACGAGCUACACUGCAAUCCAGACAUUUUGACAUCAUGCAAAAAUGCCUGUGAGGAGUCCACAACAUGAGUUGAGAGACUAAAAACGAACAUGUGUGGAGAGUGUUUAAUUGUUGAAAAUAUUCCUGUGCCACACCGCUGGCAGCAGGCACUUGUAUAUGCAAUCAUCAGUGUAAAGAAUUUGUGACAGAAGGCCCCUGCAAGGUUGCCAUAUAAAGGCAGGGGAUCCCGUGGAGAUGUGAUGUCAGUUUGUCUAGUAGUACUUAAUGUGUGAGCUCACAGGUGUGUGUUUGUGACAGCUGAGGAACUGGGUGCAAAGGAUGGACGUUUUUCUGGAGCAGAGGCUUUGAUGGAUGUCUGAUUUCUCCUCCUACACACACACUCCUGUUUCAUCGCUCUCUACUCUUGCACAAGGGCAUUAACUGUUCACCACCCGAGCAGAGGGGCAGCACGGAAGGCAGGGUGGAUGAAUGGAUGGCUUUCCUCAUCUACCCGCAAGACUUUUUUUCUUUUUUUCAAAAGUCCUGGGUGAUGGCAGACUAACAAUUCAAAAAAAAAGAAAAAAAAAAAAGUCAGACCCCCUUAGAGCUGCUUAAACUCUGUCCAGUAAAAACAGUGAUUUAAGUCUGUGCUUAUUGGAUAGAGGUGACCACACAGGGCCCACAGACUUCUUCAAACACCCUCUGAGACCCUCAUACAACACCCAUCCUCCAACUCAAUUUUUUCAGUGGGACUUCUGUACAUACAUGGCCUACAUUUUUGCUUUCUGUGAAGAAGGCAUGUCUGUACUGUACUUGAGUUGAUUCAAAAUGUGCAGUGUUAAGGUUUUUGUGUGUAUUUAUGUCGUUGCUCUGUGUGGUCAUGUCAUGGUUGCUAGGCUGAAAUGGUUCCACCACAGGAGAGGUUAAACACUGCUCCUCUUUUGGCACACAGAAGGAAGCGCAUAGCGUCCGUUCUCACCAAUUGUCUGACUCGCAUCUUUGUGACUAAGUCACUUCUUUUGGAAGAGGAAAAAAAAAAAAACAUAGACGUCUGAUGCCAUACUUGUUGUAGCUCUGCAUCAAUCCAGAUUGUAUGGAAAUCCUGUGUACAAAAUAAGCGCACACACUUUAGAACAAACACACAGAAAUGGCAAUUUAACCCGAAAGGACUGGUAUGUAUUUCUUUAUUGAAUGCGACCUGAUGCACUGUGAGCUCAAUGUGAUGUGGGAGUUGUUUGUCAAGAAUAAUAAAUGAUGAAAAAAAAUAUAUUUAAUGUAAAGUUAAUGACUAUAAAACAUUACUGAGGACAUCUGUAUAACUUAUAUGAAUGUAUUGUCUUGCUAUACUGGACAUAUCCAACCAAUGCAUUUUACUGUAAAGCAAUAAUGUGAAGAAAAAAAAUAAAAUGGCAAAAUAAUUCCUGUACAUUUGUCUCAUAAGUUCUUGGAUUGUUUGUGAAAUACAUGAAUAAAUGAAGCCAUUUGUACAUGUA